GGUUAGAGUCUACGUGGUGAGGUCUGGAACCACUAACCCGGUUGUACACUUAUCACUAUGGUUGAGACCCGUAGUGGGUCAGACACAAGCCCCUAUACUAAGGAGCAGCAAGAGAAGAUGGCCGCCUUAGUCAAAGAGAACAGGGAGAGGAAAGAGCGUGAGAAGCAAGCAAAGUUGAAGGCGAUUGCAAACGAACAGACGACGAAGAUGAAGGAAAUAGAGGAGGAGAUGAAAAAAAAGAAGAAGGCUGCUGAAGAAGAAACGGCAGCAGAAGAAGAAAAAGAAAGAAUAAGGAUUGAGUGCAGAGAGGGGAGUAGUGGCACGAAGAGAGAUACAGACGCAGAGAUGGAGAAGAAAAUAAGUGAGUGGGUUGUUAAUUUAUCGUUGGGUGAAGAUGAGGAGGCACAGAUAUAUGUGCCACAGGAAGAGAAGGAGGCGUUUGCCAGGGCCCUCGCAGUGAUUGAGGACCCCCUUGAACGUCAAGAAGCCGAGGAGGAGAAGAGACUGGAAUGGAAGUUGAGGAUAAAGAGGGAGAAGAAGAGAAGAAGGGAGGAGGCUAACCGGUUGACCGCAGAAGUGGAAAAGGUGCGGACGUGUAGACAGGAAGUCCAGGCACAAACAAAUGUUUCUGCCAAAAUGGACAAGAUGUUAGGGUACUUAGAGAUGUUGAGUGAGGCCUGGUUAGAGGAACAGCAAGCCAAUCAGGGCCAAGACAUCACCCUGAAAGCCAUGUGGUCAGGGUUUAGAGAGUUUGUGUGCGAGAUCGUCACCCACAUUGGGGGCGAAGUCAGGCAACUGAGGGAUAAUGUAGGGGAGUACUGCGAAGGCGCCAUUGAGGGUGCCAAGGCCAUAGAUGCGGUGGAAGGCGAGGGUAGACCCCGUAAAGAGCCUUUAAAGCUCAAGUUCCCAGACGCGUACGGGGGAAAGAAGGAGGAGAACUUUGACAACUGGGAGGUCAGUGUCAAUAGUUGCAUUUAUUUGCAGCAUAUCCUCAUAGAGGAGCAAGUCCUCGUGGCCUUUCAGGCCCUCAAGGAUGAAGCAGCUAGUUUCGCCAGGCCUCUUGCAUGUGCACCCGGUUGUGAAAACAACCUGGUUGCAUACUCAAAAGUCACCCCCCUUCCUCAAUUCCUUAAGCUCCUGAAGGAGCGAUUUGCUGACCCCACGAGAGUUGUUCGCGCCUCUGAUAAACUGCAAACGAUCCACUCACGGCAGUGGAGGAGUGCAAGGGCACUCAAGGGUACCAUGGACGACUUGGUAGCCGUCCCGGACCACGGGGUUACUGAACCCCAAUUGGUCCAACUGUUUUAUCGUGCUAUGCCAGAGCCCCUGAGGGGGCACUUCAAUGACAAGUCUCAACAGGCCGGGAUCACAUAUGAUGUGUUGAGUAGGGAGGUGGUCCUGUAUGAGUCAAAGUCUAUGCCAGUCACCACUUUCUGGCAUAAGGACUUAGAGAAGAGGAAGAAGUGGAAGGAUCGUACCAUCUCAGGCCAAGUCAAGGCCAAGGAUCACUUGAUCCUGACGUUAGAGGAAGGUGGUACAGACGAGGUCCCGUAUGAUCAGAUUGAGUGGGGCCUAGGGGAGGAGGACAGUAGUGUAGGGCAGGGGAGGUCUUACGCUGUUGUCGUGGUUGGAGGGAGGCCGCAAGGUAGAGGAGGAGGCCAGGGCCAAAAGGGCCAGGCCAUGGGAGGUCGAGGACCGGGCGCACAAGGGGUUGGCGGACAAGGAAACCGCCAAGUGGGAGGUAGGGGUCAAGGUCCCCCGCCAAAUCGCCAGGGUAAUCGAUCCCUACAACGACGAGGUGGAAGGGCACCUCAAGGAGGUUGACACCCAGGCUUGCCACAAGGCAGGCCCUUGGAAGAUAUGGGCUUAGACAUUAUGGCAGGAACGCGUGAACAUGGGUCAAUGAGUAUUCUGUGGUGACCCAACUCGCGUAAUAAAAUUUUGUCCUAAGUAUAGACAGGCCCAUUAAGCUGCCCCGCAAUCAAAAGACAGCCGCCAGUAGGGGUUGCAACUGCCCCUACUUCAGGGCCAUGUGGAGCAGUGAGCGCGCGCGAGCAGGACACUCCCAACCGACAUGAGCCCAUGGCAGAGGUUGCAGACCCGUGCCUAACUAGCUGUCCAGAGACCGCUUGUGUUAGCGUCUCUUUAGGCACGUCCCUCACAGGUGUGGCAGAAGAGUUAAAGGAAAGGAUGCCACCCUGGGCCAAGAUGAAGAAAGAAAGUAAAGGACAACUAAAAUC